CUUUAACUGGCUACAACGGCCAUUUGCAUUGAAACUGUAGUGUGUGUUGUGUCGAAAUUAAUUGUUGACAUGAGAAAAUCAAUAAUUAUGUUUAGUGGAUUUUUAAUUUGAAACAUUUAAACAAAACUAUUUUGUUUCGAGUCAUUUAAAAAACUUGAAUUUAUACUAUAUAUUCUAAAUAAUGAUGGGAAUGUACCAUUGUGUGUCGUAACAGCUCUGCCACGGCAGAAAUUUACACAAUUGGUUUAUGUACGAAUCACGUUCGGCUAUCUACAAAAUGUUGAAAGACGAGGCUUGCAAGGACCGGCAGAUCUGUCGCUUCCCGCCGCCGUAUCGUUCGGACGCCACGCCGUACUCGCAGCGAGACUUCGCGAGGGCAGUGCGCGACGCGUGCUCCGGAAGCCUCCCCGUCGUGGCGGGCCUCAAGAUCUCGAAGGCGGUGUUUCUGGGCGAUGUCGGUGUGGGGAAAACUUGCCUUAUCAACAGAUUUUGUCACCAAGUGUUUGACAGCAACUACAAAGCAACUAUCGGCGUGGACUUUGAAGUGGAGCGGUUCGAUGUGCUGCAAGUGCCCUAUAACCUGCAGAUAUGGGACACGGCCGGCCAGGAGCGGUUCAAGAGCAUCGCGGCGUCGUACUACCGGGGCGCGCACGUGGUGGCGGUGGUGUUUGACCUGACGAGCACGGCGACCCUGGCGCACUGCGCCCAGUGGCUGCGAGAGGCCCUGGAGGUGAACAGAGGCGACCCUCGUGUCUUCCUGGUCGGCACCAAGCGCGACCUCCUGUCGGCGGCGGGGAUGGCGGAGGCGGAGAGCAACGCAGUGGGCGUGGCCGCCCGCCUGGGGGCGGAGCUCUGGGCCGUGUCCUCCAAGACGGGGGAGAACGUGGCGGAGAUGUUCUCCCGGAUGGCGGCCCUGUCGUUCGACGCCUCCGUGCGCAAGGAGCAGGAGGCGGGGAACGGCUCUGUGCUCACCGUGGGCUCGGACCUGGUCUCCCUGAAGAGAGCGGGCGGGACAGCCUGCAAGCAGAGGCAGAAGUGCGGCGGCUGUGCAAAGUGAACGAGGUGCAGCUUUACCUGUGGCUCCGGUGUGCUGCCAUCUACUUUAUUUCUACUCCUCGCACAAAUGGUGGUAGCUGCACGGACAUUAAAAUUUUAAACAAAAAUCACAUAUCGUAGGUGUAGAUGUACUAAAUUUUUUCUAGUCAUUAUUUAAGGAAAAAAAAUUGUAGCUGCACCUGUAACACUUAAUUAUUUUUUUUUACCUUUAAGGGUCGGAACUUUUACACUCGUGUCAUAUUUUUGCGACACCACUUUCAUUAGUUAUUUCUAACCUGAGUGCCUUGGCUGUGUAUGCUGUGCAAUUCACAGAAAUACACCAUCGUUUUUAAUUCAUUGUAACUUGAAAUGGGACUUUUCUAAAUAAUUCUCUGGGGAUUUAUUUCCCACCAGUUACAAACGCUAGCAUUUGUCCCCUGGCAAAUGUCAAUGUUCAAAAUUGAUGGUAAUAUCAUAUCCAAGCUGUGAUUAAGUUUAGGGCUAAUGCAUUUCAGUGACUGUUGCGAGUCUGCAAACAUGUAGAGGCAUGUUAGAAUGUUGUUCCACACUUCAAUGGAUUUUUUUUUUUUUUGUAAUAAAUGGCAUAAUAUUGUACCAUAAAUAAUUCUGCCUUCAUGUCACCAAUGGGAAAAUCUCGAACAUAAUUUCUGGUGCUUCUCAUAGUUACAAAUUAAAUAUACAAUUGUUUUUUAAGAACUUUAAACUGUUAGUGGUUCUAAACAUCAAACAUGUCAGUAAUAAAAAUUCAGGUUACAAAUGAAAUAGCAUACCAAAACACAAUUUAAAUACCACCUACAUAAUUAAAUAAAAAAAUUAUUUUGAUACUCUCCCGUUACUAAAGUUCUAUUUUGUUACUGUUUGAAUUAUAAGUGAAUAUUUACUAUUAAUCAUCAAAAAGAAAAUUUUCCUUUAGUGAAAAUAAGUAGUUACUACAGUUUAAAACUAAGAUUAAUGAUACAUUUCAGAUCUUUAAAAAUAUUUGGUAAGUUAACUUAAUAACCAACCAGAGAAGUCACAUAUAGUGUAAAAUUUUUAAAGCUGAGUUCAGACUGUGUGAAGAAAGGACUAUAAUCUAUUUUUCUGUUGUGAUUCAGUUCGUACAAUUAAAUUAUUUUAACGUUAGUAAAAAACUUAAAUUAUUUGUAUUUAUUGACAAGAGAGUUGGCUUCAAGAAAAAAUUAAUGCUUUGAGAAAAUUUGUGGUUCAGAAUUUAGUUAAAUGUUAUUGAAUGAUAAAAAACAAAAUAAAAAUUUAGUAUAGGUUACGUGAACGGGUUACAGUGAGUGUAAUUCCUUAGUAAAUAUUUUGGUUGCAUUGAGUGACAUGAGAUUUUAGAAUUGUUGACAUAUCAAUAAGUUUCUAAUCUGAACUGUACUAUUAUGAAACUGUAUAUUCAGUUAACAUCAUUUAUUUCUGUUUGGUUUUAAAUAUUAAUGUUUUAUUUGUACAUUAAAUAUUUGAGGUGCAUUUUACAAAUUUCCAACUUAGAUUUGUAUUGAAUUUGAAAACUCAUUCAUUGAAACUGAUGAUUUUAAAUUGUUACAAAAUCACUAGCAGAAGAAAUUGCAUAGGUAGGUACCUAACUAAUAUUCUCAACCAUUUGCAUGGUUGGUUUUAUUGGAACAGUAUUUAUGUAUUUGCCAUAGUUUCUGUUCACUUGUCUCAAAAGAAAAUGUUCCAUUACAAGUUCUGUCACAAAGUGUACUUCUUGUUCUUGCCAUUAAUAGUAAUAGUAAUAAUAAUAUGUCUCACAUCACAUUUGAUAUGCAUGUUAUUUGCUGUUGGUUACAUUACAUAGUUAUAUACACUAAUGUCAUUAUUUUAGACUUUAUAAAAAAAACCUUCAUGUUUUUAGUACUAAAUUAUGUGAAUGAACCAUGCUUGCCUUAACUGUAAUAACUGUCAUCCAAUCUAGUCGGGCGUUGUGAAAAAUGCCUUAUUGCCAUGUGAUAUGAUGUACUCUUAUUGUCUUAUAUUAUAUAAGGUGUGCGAUGAAUUGUUUUUUGUGAUCUACGAAUUCCUUGUUAUUGAUGUAUGUCAAAUUUUAAAGAUGUCUAUUACAUUAAUGGUUACAUAUUAACACUAAACAAACAAUGUGAUACUGUGAAUAAUUUUAAGGAGUACAGAUGUUAGUCAAAAAUUGAA